AUGGCAUCUUCAGCAGCUACCUCUGAAUCCAUAGACCAUUCCACUAUUGAUAAUUUGGGAAAAAACCAAGAGUAUGUCCCUACCCCUUUUGCAAUCCAAUCUAUCAAUGCUGGGGAUGACCUUCCUUCAGCAUUGCUACAAGUUUUGUCAUUUCAGAAAAUGCAGAACACCACAGAUGAUACUGACAGACAUAAAUUAGUAUUAUCUGAUGGCAAAUACAUGCAGUUGGCAAUCUUGCCUUCUAAAUAUGCUACUCUGAUAGAUUCACAUAUUCUAAAAAUAGGCACACUCAUCCAGUUAUCAAGCUAUACAUGUCGAUACAUAUGGAACACAAGGACUAUUGUAAUACUUAGUCUGGAAGUGAAACAAAGUGUUUGCCCAUUCUUUGGAAAACCAAAAUAUCUAUUCAAAGAACAACAACCAGAAAUUAUGUCUGAGGACAGACCAUCAACAUCUAAACGGUUGCUUCAGUUUGCAACUGAAUUGCCAUCCCCACAAACAACAACUUUUGAAAAUAUAAGUCCUAUAAAAACUUUGAAUCCAUACCAAAAUAAAUGGACAAUCAAAGGGAAAGUUACUCAUAAACGGCAUAUUAAGGCAAAUAGCACAGCCACCAAAAAUGGCCAUGUCUUUAGCUUUGACAUUGUUGAUUGUGAUGGUUCUGAAAUUAGAAUUACAUGUUUUGAUGAGAUAGCUAAGUUACACUAUAACCGUGUGGACAUAGGUUCACAUUAUAUUAUUUCAAAAGGAUCUGUUAAGGAGGCAAAUGCAAGGUACAACAAACUAAACAGUCAUUUAAAAAUCACCUUGCCUAAUACAUCCAUAGUAAAACGCUACACCAAUGAAGAACAAGCACAUCAACAAACUGCUCCUUUCACACCUAUUGGUGAAUUGUUUCAACUAACAAACAAUACACUGGUUGACAUUAUUGGUCUUGUUCUAUAUGUUGGAGAUAUCAUUCCUAUUCACAGGAAAGAUGGCAGUCAAACACAAAAACAUGUUGUGAAAAUUAAUGAUCUAUCUGGUUCAACAAUUGACAUCAACUUAUGGGGCCCAUUAGUAGAACAAAAGGGCUUGGAAUUGAAAAAUAUGUUGACCAAUGAUAGUGUGGUAAUCCUUGCUUUCCGUAAUGCUUGUGUUGGCUAUUUCAAUGGUAAGCUUGUGAACAUAACAGCUGCAACAACAUUACAUAUCAAUCCAAGUUUCCCAGAAGCAGAGCUUCUAACAUCAAGAGGAAGGAACCCUUUGCUUACUGUACCCUUUGUUGCAAAAACUAUCCACAUAGAAGACAAAUAUACUAGAAUGACAAUCUCUUUGAUCCAUGAGCAGAUGAGCAUCAAACCAGAAACAAUUCAGACAACAUUGCUAGCUAUUCUACGCUAUGUCAAUGUCAAUGACCAAAAUUUCUAUUACACAGCUUGCCCACUGAUAGUCAAUGGAAGGCCUUGCAAGAAAAAAUGUACACAGCAAGCUGAUGAUUCUUGGUUCUGCUCUAGAUGUCAAAUGAGUAUGCAAGACUAUAAUUAUAGUUACCUCUUGCCUCUAAAGUUGCAAGAUGCCACAGCUUUGUACUUACACUUAAGAUUUCAAAUCUUUCGAGAUGAAGUGAUUGUCAAAGAACUGAAAGCUAUUGACCACUGGGACAGAUAUGAAUGGCAACACCGAGGAUCAGCACAUAUACAUGGCUUCCUUUGGUUACCACAUGCACCAAAGGUUGAUAACCUUGACUGGUCAGAUCCUGCAAAUAUCCAGUCAGUUAAACACUUCUUUGAUCAGUACAUCACAACAUGGAAUCCACGUUCUGCAGAAGCUCACUUGAAUAGGCAAUAUAUGCCUGCAAUUUCAGAUCCAUGCCUUGCAGAUACAGAGAUCAUAUCCAAGAUAGAUCCUUGUAGUGAUUACACUGAAUUGCUCAAUUUUGUUCAAUGGCAUACGAAAUGUUCAAAGUCUACUUGCUUGAGGAAAAAAAACUCAAUCCUUCAAUGCCGAUACAAAGCUCCUUGGCUUGAACAACCUGACUCCUCACUAGUAUUAGACCAAAGCAAUAACCCAUCCUAUAAACCAGCAAGAAUUGAUACCCACCUAAAUGUACGUAAUCCUACAAUGUUCGCCAUAUGGAGAGCAAAUGUUGAUUGCCAGCCUGUCUGUUCCAAAAAAGCAAUUCUACAAUAUAUUUCAAAGUAUGCAUCAAAAAUUGAAUAA